AUGAAGAAUAUUCUUAAGAAGUUUCAGAUAAUGUCUAAGAAAUCAGAAAAUGAACAAGGGUUUUCUUCAUUUUCAUCUUCUAAGAAGCUUAAUAGGAAGAGUCAUAGCUCUACAUCUUUGAACCAAGAAAAAUUUGAGAGGAUGGAACCAUCUGAGACAGUGAGAGCUGUUGAUUUGAGCGUUGUUUCGGAUUCGGGUAGGCACGAUUCGGGUUUUGGUGCAAAGGCUUCCGGGGAUCCUGAAGUAGAGGAAGAGUAUCAAUUGCAACUGGCUUUAGAGAUGAGUGCAAAAGAGGAUCCUGAGGCUGUGCAGAUUGAAGCUGUUAAGCAGAUUAGUUUGGGGUCUUGUGAUCCGGAUAAUACACCAGCUGAAAUUGUGGCAUACAGAUAUUGGAAUUACAAUGCUCUUGGUUACGACGAUACAGUCAUGGAUGGAUUCUAUGAUCUGUAUGGGAUCUUAACCGAGUCAAACGCAGCGAGAAUGCCUUCCCUUAUAGAUCUUCAAGGAAGACCAAUCUCAGGUAAUGUCACAUGGGAAGCUGUCUUAGUCAAUAGGGCUGCUGAUUCUAAUUUGUUGAAACUUGAGCAGAAAGCACUCGAGCUGACCGUCGAAUCGAGACGUGAUUCUGAAGUAGUUAUAGAUACGGAUUUGGUUCACACGCUUGCAGUAUUUGUGUCUGACUAUAUGGGUGGACCAGUUGGAAAUCCUGAAAGCUUGUCAAAAGCAUGGAGAAGUCUUAGUUAUAGUCUGAAAACAACUCUUGGUAGCAUGGUUUUGCCACUUGGUUCUUUGACUAUUGGAUUAGCACGGCAUCGAGCAUUGUUAUUUAAGGUUCUAGCUGAUAGAUUGAGUAUUCCGUCGCGGUUGGUGAAAGGACAGCAAUAUACAGAUUCUGAUGAUGCGGCAAUAAACUUUGUCAAGAUUGAUCGAAGGGAGUAUAUUGUUGAUCUAAUGGCAGAUCCGGGAACUCUUAUUCCAUCCGACGCUAAUGGAUCGCAUAUUGUGUAUGAUGAAUCCGUUUUUGUAGCAAGCCCUUCAUCAAGAGACGUCGAUUCGUCUCGUGUAGCAUCAUCUAGCAGUGGAGUAGGAAGUUCAUCUGAAGAAACUUCUGAUGUUGGAAUGUCAGGCAACGGAAACAGAUCAAAACAUCACCAUGUUAAAAAGGUUAAUUCAUAUGUGCAUACAAGAUCAUCUUCUUGGAGUGAAGGGAUUGGUUCCUCUGUCGUAAAUCGAAUGAAAGCCAAAAACGUUUCACAAUUUAUGAUCGACACUGCCAAGGAAAAUCCUCACUUAGCUAAAAAACUUCACGAUGUUUUACUCCAAAGUGGUAUUGUUCCUCCUCCAAAUUUAUUUUCCGACAUUUAUCACAAAGAAUCUGUUUUCUCAACCAAAGUAGAAGAUGAACAUAAACAAAGAAGUGAACAUCAAGAAAUGGUAUUCGAUGAUAGUCUCGGCCAUGCUAGGUUUAAGCCCGUAGAAGGUUUAGGAACCAAUCUUCCUCUUCAUACAAGAGAAGGUGUUGGAAAAUUUAUACCAACUCAGGUAAAAUAUGGGAAAAAGGUGCCAGCUGCUGCUGCAGCUGCCGCAGCAGCUGCGGUUGUUGCAUCCUCUAUGGUAGUUGCUGUGGCAAGGUCAAACACUGACUCCAACAUUGAGCUUUCAGUCUCAGCAGCUGCUACUGCUGCAGCUGUAGUAGCAACUACUGCUGCAGUUAGCAAGUACGAGCACAGCAGUCGAAGUGAUGCGGAUACCGAAAGUUCUGGAACGAAUUUGGAAGGCGAGAGAAGAUCUGGUAGCUCAGUUGUAAGUAAUGGCAGUACAAAAUCUGAUUGUUCUUUAGACGAAGUUGCUGAGUAUGAAAUUCCAUGGGAGGAAAUCACACUCGGUGAACGUAUUGGACUUGGAUCUUACGGGGAGGUGUAUCGCGGGGAAUGGCGAGGAACCGAAGUUGCUGUAAAAAGGUUUUUAAAUCAAGAUAUAUCUGGUGAAGCACUUGAAGAAUUCAUUAGUGAGGUCAGAAUAAUGAAAAGAUUGAGGCAUCCAAAUGUGGUUCUCUUCAUGGGAGCUGUAAUUCGACCUCCAAAUCUUUCAAUCGUUACUGAAUUUCUACCAAGAGGAAGUUUGUAUAGAUUAAUUCAUCGGCCAAACAAUCAAUUAGAUGAACGAAGGCGUUUGAGAAUGGCUCUAGAUACUGCUCGAGGAAUGAACUAUUUGCACAACUGCAGUCCAGUGAUAGUACAUCGCGAUUUGAAGUCUCCAAAUCUUCUUGUUGAUAAAAAUUGGGUUGUAAAGGUCUGUGAUUUUGGCUUAUCACGUAUGAAGCAUAGCACAUUCCUUUCUUCCAGAUCAACUGCAGGCACGGCCGAGUGGAUGGCUCCUGAAAUGUUGAGAAACGAACCGUCAAAUGAAAAGUGUGAUGUCUAUAGCUUUGGGGUCAUAUUAUGGGAGCUAUCUACUUUGCAGCAGCCUUGGAGAGGAAUGAAUUCCAUGCAAGUUGUUGGUGCCGUGGGUUUCCAAUAUCGCCGCCUUGACAUUCCAGACGACAUGGAUCCUGCCAUUGCAGAUAUUGUCAGAAAAUGCUGGCAGACAGAUCCAAAAGCAAGACCUACAUUUGCUGAGAUAUUGGCAGCUCUAAAGCCGUUACAGAAGCCAAUUGCCGGUUCUCAAGUGCCUCGACCGACUGUCUCUGGCAGGCACAGGAAGGAUCAAUCAUCAGCUGCGGAAAGAUAG